CCGUGGAUAAUUGAAAAAGACGAGAUGAAUAAAAAGAAGGAAACUUGGGUACUAUCAGGUGGAUAUGUAAAUUUCGUACAUGUUAUUGCCACCGGGAAGUAGUUGUACGACCAACGAGGCCUUGAUUGUUGUCCGUGGUUUGUGAUCAGUCUAAUAGUCGGCGAGCUGUAAGCGAAGAAGCAGUUUUUUUAUAGACAACAGCAUCGUCGUCAGAACACGCAUAAUUGAGAAUUUAUUACGAUAGCACCAACAAAAUUCUUUAGCCGAUUUAUGUUUAUUUGACAGCCUCAUAGCGAGAAGCAGAGACAAGAACCUUUUUUUAGGCUUGUUUUAGUUUGUCGCCCCGCACAAAAAGUUUUGAACUACUGUAGAAUGCUCGUUGUUGAUUGCUGUGAGAGUUCGUUGUUGACUCGCAGAGAGAUAUAGGCUUCGGUCGGGGUGUAGCACAGAUAUCCAAGAAUUCUGCCCCUAAGACCCUAGCGAUGACUGUCUUGCCGUGACUCUCUAUGGGACUUCCUUUCUAGCCCUGGGUAGAGUCUCGAGUUGCACUAGGCAACUUGAAAGCCAUUUGGUUUGAUUUUGAUUUGAGGCAUGAAAAAGUUUUUAACCUAUAGCAACAAGGGAAAAACUUUUAGUCAUGAAAAGUAAACUAGUUUAUACCUCGUUUUGGCAACGCUACCACCAUGCUUUUUGUCAGGUCCACGCCAAGCAGAAGCUCAGUCCGACCUGCUGGCGAGGAAGAAAGCACGGACUCUGGAGAUCAAGGCUCCGCGUUUUCCGGGUUCCACCACGAAAAACAUAUCUAUACGCAAACGAAUAUAAUUUGCAUCUCAAAAGUCCUCCUCAGCGAAAGUACUGGGAGACGGUAUGAGAACAACCAUUUAGGGGUAAGUACAACCUCCAGAAUGUUGCUAAGGAACGAGAUGAGAAUGACUUUAAGUGAUUGAGCGCCACACUGACAUACAUGUGGUUUAG